AUGGCGGAUCGUGCCCGUAAACAAGCUGCGUGUCUCCCCUGCAGACGCAGCAAGACGAAAUGCCAUUGGCACGCCGAUCAGCGUCGCUGCCAGAGAUGUGCUCAGAUAGGCUGCGAGUGCACUCGUGGUGAAUAUCACGUUGGACGGCAGAAGGGCACGAAGAACAAGAGGGUCGGUCUAGAUAAGGCUCUGUUCCAGAUAGAGCAGGCUGUCGAGCGAGCUUCAUCCGCAGAUAAGCGAAGCAUAGAGGAUGAGAAGAUUGUUAAGCGUCUCCGGGCACUGCUGGGUGGCGUAGAAAGCAUUGAGAGCUCACUCGAUGAAGAGUACCAUAAUGGCGACGACACUGACGAUAGAGUCGAGACUGGCGAGACGAACGGCAUCAUCGCCGACCACACUCCUUUAUCUGGCGAUAGCCAAGCUAUUGAGUCUGCGGAGAGUCCCCUUCAACUACUCGCUGCUUCCCACCGGGCUUCCAGACGACCAACUACCACCACACAACCAAAGGACGCUUCAAAGCUUGGGGCGUUCUUCGCGCCCGCUCAUGUUAGUCUAGACGUUGGCGAAGACAUCGAUCCCAUCAGCCUAGGAUUGGUGUCAGAGGAAGAGGCAGAAUCGAUGAUAACGUUCUUCCACACCAACCUCUCGCACACGAGAUGGGGCCUGGACUCACGGAUAUACGACAUGGCAUUCACUCGAUCCAGGUCAGCCUUCCUUCUCACCUCCGUCAUGGCGGCAUCAGCCCUGUUCAUGCCACACGCAGGGGCUCUGUCCAAGCGUCUUUCCAACCACAUCAAGCCGUUGGUGUACAGAGUGAUCCAUGAAAAGCACAAAUCUGUUGAGAUUGUGCUGGCCUUCAUGGUCAAUCUGCCGUGGAUGUUUCCUGGCGAGCGCAGUGCUGAUGACGAGACCUGUUUCUAUGUUGCGACGGCUUUGCAGAUAGCGAUCGACCUGGGCCUUCACAAAGUACUGGCUCUCGAUCAGACCGCUCCAUCAGCUUCGAGACCAAGUAUUGGGCGCGGCGAGUCUCUUGAUGCCAGGGUUGCAUUGGCCAUGGAUGGGUUUCAGAACACUGAUCCCUCAUCGCAAAGGGGGCGGCUACUCUUGAGGGGCAGAGAGCGGUGCUGGAUCUCGCUAUAUGCGGUCGAGAGAGGAAUGUGCCUUGCUCGAGGAAGACCUUUUAUAACCCCUUUGACUCGGCUGAUCAAGGAAUGCGAUGGGUGGCAUCGAUCCGACCUCGCCGACAAGGAAGACGGACCUCUUCUGUCGAUUGCAACUAUGAGGAGAGAUCUGGACGGACUCUUCACCGACGUACGGACGUUAUGUGACAGCUCGCAGGGCGUUGCUGGAGAUGGGUCACUGGAAGCUCAGGCCAUCCAAAGCGCCAUCGAGCACUUCUUCAACCAGUGGCACGCAGAGUACGACUCGUCGAUCGGCACAGGGCCUGACAACCGUCUUCCUCCUUACAUCGAGAUUCUCAUUACUCACACUCGACUGUCCAUCUAUGGCGGCUUGAUCAACCACCCAACAGCUCCACUCGAAGUUCGGCAGUUUUUCCGCACAGCAGGACUAUCAUCAGCACUAAAUGUCAUGCGGGUAGCCAUCCAGGGAGAAUCCAGACUGCUCUCGAUGCCCAAUAACACAUCCAUCAUGAUCUCUUUCGCCGCCUGCUUUGCCCUCACGCUCAGCACCUAUGUCACAGGAAACACCAUCUUGGCGCCGAGCAUUAGAGAAGUCAUCGAUCAAUCGGCUGGUCUGUUGGAAAGAAUAGGAUCUGUAACUCCCCACCGCAACGGUCCUUCAACACUCUACGCCAGACAACUUCGACAGAUAUUGAAAGAUCGAAUAACUACGGCCACUCAAGGCACAGUUCCGAGUGUAGACCCCGUGGCAGCACCAUCGAUGCAACAAGAGCCCCUAGCCGACCCAAUACAGGAGUCAUCGACAUGGCCGGACACGUUUCAAUUCUCCACAAUGUCGGACAUGGAGAUCUCACAGGUACUGAAUCAGCCCGGCAACGGUUUCGAGCCGUAUUUUGAUGGAAUGUCGUGGGAUGACUUCAACAACUUUGACUGGCUACAAUGGCCAGAAUCUAUAUAA